AUAACACCUCCUCUGUCCAGCAACAUCACCAAAAAACCAAAAAGGAGAGGAGCGGAUCCCUGGACGGAGGAGAGAAUAGAAGAAACCCCACGGCCACCCCUUGCUGCCUAUAUUUCUCUCUCUCUCCCUUGCGGAUUCCUGUGGCCACUGCCUAGUCUCGUCUCCUCCUGCCCUGAUUCUUGAUUUGGAUGGUGAUUGGUGAAGGAGAGAGAAAUCAAGAUGAGCCUCUUCGGGCUUGGGAGCAAGAAUCAGAAGACGUUCAGGCCUAAGAAGAAUGCACCCUCUGGCAAUAAGGGUGUGCAGCUGAAGAAACAUAUUGAUGCAACCUUAGGAAGCGGAAAUUUGAGGGAUGCGGUUCGACUGCCGCCAGGGGAGGAUCUCAAUGAGUGGCUGGCUGUUAAUACUGUUGAUUUCUUCAACCAGGUGAACAUCCUGUAUGGUACUCUAAUGGAGUUCUGCACACCAGCUACAUGCCCAACAAUGUCAGCUGGACCAAAAUUUGAGUAUAGAUGGGCCGAUGGGGUGCAGAUCAAGAAACCAAUAGAGGUUUCAGCACCGAAGUAUGUUGAGUACUUGAUGGAUUGGAUCGAAGCUCAGCUUGAUGACGAAUCCAUCUUCCCUCAGAAACUUGGAACCCCUUUUCCGCAAAAUUUCAAGGAAGUUGUUAAGACAAUAUUCAAGCGUCUUUUCCGUGUUUAUGCUCAUAUUUACCACUCGCAUUUUCAAAAGAUUGUCAGCCUUAAGGAGGAGGCACAUCUUAACACUUGCUUCAAGCAUUUUACAUUGUUCACGUGGGAAUUCAAGUUGAUUGACAAGGCUGAGCUUGCACCACUUAUUGAUCUAAUUGAAUCCAUUGUUUCAGUUUGUUGACAUGACACCAAUGAUUAUUUGGAUCAUUUUUUGGGGGUUGUGGGGGGCGGGGGGAAUGGUUACAAGUGUCCAGUAUGAGGGUGAGACUAUAAGAAUGGCCAAAAGUUAUUUUUUCCUUUGUUAAUAUUUUGGGUGUCUUUCUCUACAAUGAGACUUGAUCGUCUUUGUCUUCUGAAGUCCUGAAGAAAUUAUUCAGGGCUUAAUGAGAUAAUGUUGUGUAUCCUUCUUCUCUUGAAUGGCUCCAUAAGUUCUGUUUGCAACAAGCAUUAAUUUCUCACUCCUAAAGGACAACACUAUUUAUCUAUCCAUGUAAUAUAUUAGUCUUGUUUUAUAGAUACAUCUCUACAAAGGAGUUAAUAUCUCUAAGAAAAUGCAUCUCAAGAUGUACUUUUGGGAUCAUUUGAACACUUAGGUUUGUAGUACUAUUGAAUGUGACAUACAAUUCUAUUUUUCUUGUUUUUGUUGUUGCAACAAGACAGAUGUAAUGAAGUCCAAUGUAAGGACUAAAAUUUGGAGUUUCAUGAAUGUUCGCCUAGAACUUUUGUGAA